UCACGGAGAUUAUUCUUAGAUGAUCAUUGGGUAAAUUGGUCAGAUUCUGCACAGAAUGAUCAUCGUGAACGCGCCCACUGUGAAAGCGGAAGUGAGAUACUUACAAGGCCGGAUUGUAAAUAUAGUGACACAACACAGUGACUGUUGAAAGAAGCAAAACAGUGAAAUACAACACAAGAAGAACGCAAUUCAGAUAGUUAAUAUUUUGCACUGUACGUUGGAAAUACCGUGAAAGGGUGGUCAGUAACAUCUGAAAAAGGUAUUGGAUAAAAAAAAGAACACAAACACAAUUAAAUGGAUAGAAGAAUGAAAAUGUAUAAUGCAAGAUUUCACUGACAGAUCAAGACACAGUUUGCGGAUAGCCAUUAGGCAGGAAAUCUGGUAAGGCGGAAAUCCGCAGUCAUCGGAGAUGAGCAAGGAUAUCUCUAUUCACAGCUGGCCAUGCUCGUACUACGUAAGCAACGGAAAACGUUGGGUCUGCGGCACCUUGUCCUUGACUCCGAAGUCUAUAAGGUUUACAUCCAGCAAGGACGGAGAGAACCUAGCCAGCUUCAGGCUCUUCAGAAUCAGUGAGAUAAAGAAGGAAUCUUCCAGCUUCAUAUUCAGCUCCCUCACUAUCACGGAAAGUAACGUCAAGCACUGGUUCAGCUCCCUGCAGCCCAGCCGGGCAGUGGUGUUCAAUGUGCUCGAGCACUUCUGGAGGGAGCAGCUGCUGGGCUCUGGAGCUGCUGCUGCUGUUGGGGUGGAGGCCUCUGAGAGCCAGACUAGCAAAGGGAAGGAACUGAUCGGGCUGGUGUCCGGCUCUAAGAAGAGACUGGAGGACACUGGGAAAGUGCUGCACCACCAGGGGGAGCAGUUUGACAACAUCAUGGUGGGACUGAACAAAAUUGAAUCUGAUUCAUAUGUGGCAGACAAGUUGCUCUCGGAGUUGGAGUCCCCCCCUUGGUGGCCCUUUGGUAAACUUCCUUGGAGAAGCCAGCAGGAAGCGAAAAUCCAGCAGGUGGCAUCUGCCUGUGCCUCUGCCUCUGCUAAAAAGGGCCCUGGGAAAGAGGGAGUCAUUACUAAAGUUCCAGUGAUCUUCUCCAAAGGUGAAGACUCAAACCUCAAACCAGGGAAACUAACAGUGCUGGUUUCAGCCUUGGAGAUCAGUGACAGUAGCUCUCAGCACGUGCACAGAUACCAGAGGGAGGAGGUGGACGAUAUCCGGGUUCACACACCUUUUGAGCUCAGCAUCCGGCAGAGGUUUAUUGGGAAGCCAGACAUCAGAUACAGGCUGAUGUCAGCUAAGAUGCCUGAAGUGCUUUCCAUUCUGGAAAUGCAGUACGAGAAGAAAAUCGAGUUUAUGCCUGAUUAUUCAGCAUUCAAAAGCACCCGUGAACAAUCUCCCUCCGAUCUAGAAACUUCAUUAUGGAAUACAGGUAACUACUAUACAGCCAGUGGCUUCAUUGACUGUAUUAGACUGUCUGAGGCUCAACCUGGAGAGCAACAAGCCCAGCUGCAGGUGCAGGUGCUCCAACCUCCUGUAUCCGACUCAGAAGCCCAGGAGCUGAAACAGAUGGUCAUGCAAUUAAAGAGCUUAGCCUUGGAAGCAGAGGCAGAGUUGGAACGGCAAGAUGAAGCCUUGGACAUCAUCACUUCCUCUGUGGACCAUGCAACGACACACAUUGACAAACACACCCGUCGCAUGAGGAAGCUACUGUAGCCCCCCAGCCAAUAAGCCUGUGGUAAAAAAAAAAAAAAAAAAAAAAAAAAAAAAAUUGUGACGGAGCUAAUGUAGGGUACCAAAUUGCUCAUUGUUUGUUUUGAAAAAUGUCAGCUGUGUACCUGUGUGGUUUUCCUGUAAAAUGUUAUUAGUAUAACAAAAAACAGUAUUUUUAAAGUAAUAUUUUGAUUUCUGAGCUAUAGCAGAGGUGUUGACAUACUGAUGCUAGUUGAAGCAUAAGCAACAUAUAUUCUUAUGGCAAUUGAGUUUUGAAAGGGGAACGAAGCAUGUAUUCUUACAGCUAAAACUAAUUUGGGGAAUGUAAACAAACUCAACAAACGGUUAUUUUUUGAUUGCACAGAAGCAUAAACUAACAGCAGAAUGUAGCAAACUGACAGAGGAAUUUUAUUUUAUUAGAAAAGGUGCUGCUUUGUCAAUAGUAUUUAAGCAGGAUGCUAUUAGGUACAUGUAUACAGAGAGACAGAGUUUUAUUCUGUAGAUCAAUGGAACUACAUUGGGAUACCUGUCCAUGACCUGCAGUGUCAAAGAAAAAAAGAAAUAUUAAGGACCUUUUCAGAAUUUAGAUAGUAAAAAGUAACUGGGGGAAAAAAUGGCUUUUAACAGUUAAAUUAACUGUUUUUGCUGUAUUCUGGAUUUUUGCACAUUGAAUAAUCAGUCACACGCCUUAAUCAAGGGAUUUUGCAAAAAGAUGGAACCUUUAUUUGGUUGGGCGUCUUUUUUAAACAAUAAAAUCAUCUUCCAGUGUUAGCUGGUGAUAUAACUUUAAGGUUGAUAUAGACCCAUUUUUAUGUUAUAUUAGGUUUCAAUAAAAUGAUGAAAUAAUUCACGAAGCAGCAGCUGUUAACUGGUUUUAAAUCUCUAAUGUACAAGGAAGUCUGCACAUAAGGAAAAGGGGAAUUCAUAUGUAUAUAGGCUUACUGGAGAAUUAUUUUCCAUUCGUAUGCCUUCGUUCCUACAGCUACAAACAGUAGGUAAGGCAGUGCUUUCUAUUUCACCUUAACCAUGCUCUUUGCUUACCUUCCCUUGUAAUCUAUAAACAAACACACAUUCAGCCAUUCACAUACUGCAAAGUCCCCUGCAAAGUUAGCACAGUAGCUUUCGCUUAAUGGUAAGGGACAGGGGUAAAAACAUACUUACAUAUUAACACUAAGCUAAAACUGACCACAAACAAGUGGUUUUGCAUGUAUAACAAUCCUUGGCUAAUCCGUACAUAUAAACAGCUACAGUAAUAUAUAUAUAUAUAUAUAUAUAUAUAUAUAUAGCCACACUAGGCAUGCACCUCUCAUAGUAGGGCCAUACAGGCUUGUGUUUGUACAUGCUAGUGUUUGAGGCAAGGCAUGUAAUACUAGAAACCUCUAAUGUGCAGUAACAAAACCUGCAUAUUGUUUUAUAGUAUAGUGCUAAUGCUUUCUGUAAAUGCUCAAACAGAUGAACAGCGCUGUAUCCAAACAUAUUUUGUUAAGUGGAAGGGCAGUUUGAAAAUCACAAUUUGGUUAGUAACCUAUGGUACAGCCCACCACUUAUCAACGAGAAUACAUCAUUCUAACUUGUCUCCUGUGUAUAAAACAUAUAAAUCAAACCUAGUGAAAAAUGGCAAAAUAAUACCUUUUUUUUUUUUUCUUUUUUUUUUUUUUUUUUUUUUUUUUCAGUGCCUGCUUAGAGUAAAUGACAUGCUUGAGCAGGACUGUCCAAUAGAUGGCUGCUGAGCCAUUACUGGUCCAGCGAGCUCCAAAAUAUUGCUUUAUUUGAUUUAGAGGGGUUUUUCAUUUAAGGCUAGUAAAAUGUCUGUGACAGGAGAGCUGGGAGGACAGAGACUUGGAUACAGUAAAACUGCAGUUAAAGCACUGCUGCGCUGUUUUAAUCAACAAAAAG